CUCUGAUUUUCACAAAUUCCCCAAAAUACCACCAUGGUCUCUCUGCGCUUCCCGUUCUUGUUUUCUCAGCCCCCGAAGCUCCCCCACCGCAUCAGCAGCACCACCUCCUCCCGAAGCUUCUCCUCCGCCACCACUGCCGUGUUAGUUGCUGCGUCUGCUGCUGCAUCCGCCGCUGCCAUAGUUGCGGCAUCCAAAGACCCAAAACACCCGUUUCUCCAAAAUGCGCUGAAUUCCCUCCUCUCCUCCAACUGCUCGUCUGCCCCGCUCUGGGGCUCACUCUCUCUGGCUGAAAAAUCGUCCUCGGCCGUGGUCGAGUACAAGAAUGGAAUCUCAUUCCCUUCGAUCCUCGGAGACUCUCGGCGGCUCCUCGGAAUUGGGUUGAGGAAAAAGAGCAUCUUUGGGUUGAAGAACAUCGAUGUCUAUGCAUUUGGGGUUUAUGCUGAUGAAAAUGGCCUAAAAGAAUCUUUGGGUGAGAAAUAUGAGAAAUUAUCCACCUCUGAGUUCAAGGAAAACAAGGAGUGUAAUGAAGAUCUUAUUGAUAACGAUAUAGACAUGACUGUUAGACUUCAAAUAGUCUAUAGCAAAUUGAGCAUCCGCUCUGUACGUAGUGCUUUUGAACAGUCAGUAGGGAGCAGACUCCAAAAGUUUGGUGGAUCGGAUAAUAAAGAAUUGCUUCAAAGGUUCACUUCCCAGUUCAAAGAUGAGUAUAAGAUACCACGGGGAUCUGUGAUAGAUCUCUCAAGGGAACGGGGCCAUGUACUUCGCACAACAAUUGAUGGAAAGGAGGUGGGAAGUAUCCAGAGCAAACUUCUGUGCCGGUCUAUUUUAGAUUUAUAUAUUGGUGAGGAUCCAUUUGAUAGGCAAGCCAAAGAAGAUAUUGAACACAGUUUGGCCUCUCUCCUCCAGAAGUAGACAGAUGAUCAUGAUAACAUGGCAAUGGGGAUUUAGAACUUUUUUCCCUGCCACGCAAAUUGUAUUUGAAAGAAUUAAUCUGUAAUUCUGAGAAUAAUUUUGAUUUAGGCAUAAGGUCCAAGGUUUUCAUUUUCCGAAAGUUAUAAUAAUCAUAAUGCCCCCCUCCCCCGGUUGGGCGACGGGGCCCUUCUCGCGGGACUA